AAUUAAUUGAAUUACAAUCAUAUAAUAAUGGUUAAGUUUGUUUAAAUCCUAAGUCUGAAGAAUAUGUUAUCGAAGUUAAUUAUUUGCAAAGAGACACUGCUUCGAUAAACUUCAUUCUAGGCUUCCUCUCUCAAUCAAACUCACUCAUAAGAAAUGCAAGUCAAAACAAAUAAUGAAGUUCUAAAAAAUUUAGAAUCAAAGUGCUCAAGUCUAAAAUAAGAAUCAUAAGAAGAGUACAUCUAAAUUAUGGAAUAAACCAUAAAACUCUUAGAUUAGUAACUCUAACUAAUAAACACAAGUAUGAUAUAGAUAUUAAAUAUUUUAGUAAUGAAUAAGUAAAAUAACAGAAAUUAAAUUAAAUAUUCUUCAUUGAGAUCAAAUAUUUUAGAAAAAGCUGCCAAAAAUUUUUAUGAAAUAUGGUAAUUUGAUUCUAAGAAUAUUGAGUACCUUAGAAAAUAUUUAGAUGUAUAUAUAUAUUUUCUAUCAAAGAUUAUUAAAUGUUUUAAAGGAACUUUAAGUGAUCAAUAUCUUGAGGGACUUUGUAAAUAUGCCCAAUCCACUUAAGAUCAUUAAGAAUUGGCAGAAAUCUAUAGUCAAAUCGAAAAGAAAAAUUUCUCAGAAACAUAAAAAAAAUGUGCUAUGACUCUUUUCAUGUUAACACAAAAUGAGAUUUACUAUGAGGAUUUCCUUUUAAAUGAUUCCAAUUUAUCUGAUUAAUCAUUUGAAAUAAGAGUAAUAUAUUUUAUCAUUAUCUUAGUUUCAUCUCUUUGCUACUCAAUACUUUCAACGAUAAAAUUGCUAUCAUACUACAAAGUAUCACAGAUAAUAAUGUGAAUCUAUGUCAUCCGAAUAUUAAAGAUCAAUUGCUCUAAGCAACUUGGAACUUUAAUUGUCAUUCAUGAAAAAUAAAAGCAAUCACGGAUUGUGAUUUUGUAAACAAUUUUUAUAUUUAUUAUAAAUCUAAU